AUUAAAACGUCGUUAGCUAACAGCUAGCAGGCAGACAAACGUCCCCGAGGACCGCCUGCAUAUUUACGGCCAGCGCUUUUCUUCCUUCAGCCAGUCAGACAACAUCACGGGAGACCCCCCAACGAAGCAAAGAUAUGCAGUCGUCAGAGCAGCGCUGACAGGCCUGACUCUGGUUUAACACAACCAUGGAGUCCUCCUCUGAGUCCCAGCAGGAGCCUGAGAAAACUUUGCUCCAUGCAGAGUUGAGAGAGCAACAUGCCACCUCCGCUGCCGUAGUGUGCAGUGAUGACACCGUCCUUUUGACACCAGGCAGGAUGAGCCAGCGUCAGGUGAAGGAGCGGGACAAGGACAAGGAGAGGGAGAAGGAGGCGGGCCUCCAGACGCCCAACAGGGAGCACGUCGCCAGCCCCUCCAGCCUCAGCCCGGGGGUCAGCUACAGUCACGGUUUUGAGAGAGGAAAGGAGGACCUCUUGCCUCUGCCUUUGAAAGAGGACUCGCAUUCCAUAUCUAAGAGCAAGUCUGAAACAAAGCUGUACAAUGGCUCAGACAAAGACGUGUCGGCAUCCGGAGGAAAGCUCACCAAGAAGGAGUCCCUCAAGGUGCAGAAGAAGAACUACAGGGAAGAAAAGAAGAGGGCAACCAAGGAGCUGCUCAGCACCAUCACUGACCCCUCUGUCAUCGUCAUGGCCGACUGGCUAAAGAUCCGUGGCACUCUAAAGAGUUGGACCAAGCUGUGGUGCGUGCUGAAACCGGGCGUCCUGCUCAUCUAUAAAACCCACAAAAACGGCCAGUGGGUGGGAACGGUGCUGCUCAACGCCUGCGAGCUCAUCGAGAGGCCCUCUAAGAAGGACGGCUUCUGCUUUAAGCUCUUCCACCCACUGGAGCAGUCCAUCUGGGCCGUCAAGGGUCCUAAAGGAGAAGCAGUUGGCUCCAUCACUCAGCCAUUACCCAGCAGCCACCUCAUCUUCCGUGCCGCCUCUGAGUCUGAUGGUCGAUGCUGGAUGGACGCCUUAGAGCUGGCCCUGAAGUGCUCCAGCCUGCUGAAGAGGACCAUGAUCCGCGAGGGGAAAGAGGACGUGAGCACAGUAGCCACUGGCGGAGAACACUCCAUCAAUUUCUACAGCCUCCUUAGAGCCCACAACAUCCAUGGUUUCCAGUUCAACGACAGUGACCAUUUGAAAGACCCUGACCUGUACUCAGACAAGUCAGACAGGGAGGGUGAACAGGACCACGAGGAGUCGGACCCAGAAGGCCUGGAGAAGAGUGAGGAGAGCGACAGCGACACGUCAGAGCGGCAGGACGACUCGUACAUCGACCUGGACCCUAACGAACAUCUGCGAGAAACCCCGUACCUGGAACAGUCCCAUGAGGAACUCGGAGAGGCUGGAGAGGCUGCCCAGACAGAGACGGUAUCAGAGGAGAAUAAAUCUCUGAUAUGGACUCUGCUGAAGCAGGUGCGACCCGGCAUGGAUCUGUCCAAGGUGGUGCUGCCCACCUUCAUCCUGGAGCCAAGGUCCUUUCUGGACAAACUGUCUGACUACUACUACCACGCAGACUUCCUGUCAGAGGCUGCAAUUGAAGAGAACGCUUACAACAGGAUGAAGAAGGUGGUGAAGUGGUACAUCUCUGGAUUUUACAAAAAGCCAAAGGGGUUGAAGAAGCCUUAUAACCCCAUUAUUGGAGAGACGUACCGCUGCAUGUGGCUCCACCAGAAGACCAACAGCAAGACCUUCUACAUAGCAGAACAGGUAUCCCAUCAUCCUCCUGUGUCAGCCUUCUAUGUCAGCAACAGGAAAGACGGAUUCUGCCUCAGUGGCAGCAUCCUCGCCAAGUCCAAGUUCUAUGGUAACUCCCUGUCGGCCAUAUUGGACGGAGAGGCUCGGCUGACUUUUCUCAACAGAGGAGAGGACUAUGUGAUGAACAUGCCCUAUGCUCACUGUAAAGGCAUCCUGUAUGGCACCAUGACCCUGGAGCUGGGCGGUCAGAUCUGCAUCGCGUGUGAGAAAACGGGCUACAGUGCUCAGCUUGAGUUCAAACUAAAGCCAUUCCUGGGCAGCAGUGACAGCGUCAACCAGGUCUCUGGAAAGAUCAAGCUGGGGAAGGAGGUGUUGGCUACUCUAGAAGGACACUGGGACAGUGAGAUCUUUAUCAACGACAAGAAGACGGGGACGGUGGACACCUUCUGGAACCCGACGACAGAGCUGAGGCAGAGUCGACUGACGCGCUGCACCGUCCCACCAGAGGAGCAGGGAGACUCAGAAUCAGAAAGGCUGUGGCAGCACGUGACGCGGGCCAUCAUCAACAAGGACCAGACCGAGGCCACCAAUGAGAAGUUCCUCCUGGAGGAGGUUCAGCGGAAGUCCGCCCGAGAACGGAAAGCAAAGUGUGAGGAGUGGUUCCCGGCCCUGUUCGAGCAGGACCCCGUCACUGGAGAGUGGCAUUACAGAUAUGCCGACACGAGGCCAUGGGAUCCGCUCAACGACUUGAUCCAGUUCGAGAAAGACGGCUGUAUCCAGACCAAGGUCCGACACCGCACCCCUAUGGUACGUUCUGGCAGUCUUAUUAGUCUGAGUAACCAGGGGCCACGGAGGGACAAUUGCAAGUGCCAGGUGACGGUGCCAAAGAGGAAACACAAGAGCGACAAGCCCAAAAGCCCAGAGAGCGGCUGCUCUUCACCGGAACCCGACCGCCAGGACUCGUCCGGCAGCGAAAAAGGCCAUAUGACCGCUAGUAGUAGGCUGAGACUGAGACACAAAAGCAAGCAUAACAGCCGGCUGAGGAAAAAAGGAGCUGACCUCAGUGAACUUCAAAGUGCCAUUGAAUCCAUAAAGCAGACGCAGGAGGACAUCAACAGGAACAUCAGCGUGCUGCGGAGUCGUGCGGCCGGCCGGGCGGAGGGCAGUUCUUUCCUCCAGCAGCGCGACUACAUCAUCAUCGUUUUCCUCAUCCUCCUUCAGGUCCUGAUCAACUACGUCUUCAAGUAGCAGCCCUACCCCACGGAGAGAGAGUGAUGCCCUCACACACACACACACACACACACACACACACACACAACACACACACACACACACACACUCCAUAAACACACAAUGAACAUUAGGCAUCACGAUGGGGGGCUUAGAGACCUGAGCUUUGACCUCUCACAAUAAGUGACUCUGACUCUCUUCUUCUCUGUCUUUAUUAAAUCCAACACACGUCCAGAAAAGUGGAGACUCCCUCACAAAAAGAGACUUUAAAAAUAACAUGUCUAUUUUUAACCAGUCCAAUCCAAAACUCUGGGGAGAUCUACAAGAUUUCAAAAGCGAAGAAGAGCGGCGAUAAGGAGAAGUAGUUGGAGGUGAGAUUUUGUCGGGAUGAAGUCUCAACUGCCGCUCUGGAGCUUAUUGAUAUGCCUUGAAGUAAGAGGCAAAGACAGCAGCCAUUUUUUUAUUUUAGCUGUUGUUUGUUUUCGUUUUUCUGAUGGAGAGAAACUACUCUGUGAUUCACAUUUCAACUCAAACAACAGGGAACCUUUUAACAUGGAGAGGAGUACCAUGGCUCACAUGGUAACGCAGAUUUAGAAAAAAAAGUCUACCUUUAAUUUGAAUGGUUUUUUUUAUCGUUUUGUUUCUUUGUUUGGUGUGUCCUUUGUGAAUAGGGGUCUGCUUGGAACAAAAAGCGGUGAUAAGGGAGAGAAAAACAAAGUGGUCCAAUCUAUGUGACUUUUAUUUUUUUAUUAUCAGAUACUUUGAUAUGGGCUGGGGUUUCCACCUGUGGAAAUGGACGAGGAAGACAAAUGACACAAGUGAUAUUGUCAAAAGGUACAGAAGCUAUACUUUCUGCUGUAUAUUAAAUCUUCACCUUUUGCAUACUAAAUCAAUGUUGAAAGAAAAAAGUCGGCGUCAUUGUAGACUGUAGGUAGCAUGUACAGACAGGAGUGUUGUUAGGAUGUUAGCCCUAUGUACAGUAUUUUGUCUUAAGGCUCAAAUGCACUGGAAAUGUCACAUUUGUGUUAUUAAUAUUGUUUUUAAUGAGUUAAACCUCGGCUAAAAAUGGACAUGAAAGUAAUUUUACAUCUCUGCUCUGAGGAGCAUCAACAGAGCGUCAAAAUAUGUUUUUAGUGAUUUUUCAUGAACUUCAGUGACCACUGCCCUAAGUUCAGGUAAAGGUCAGCAAGGUAGUCUGAAAUCGGCCGUCUUAGACCUUAUGACAAGUUAAAGGAAUAGAAUUAGAAAUGCACUUCUUUGCUUUCUUGCUGAGAGUUAGAUGAGAUGAUUGAUACCACUCUCAUGUGUGUACGUUCAACACAACCAGCAGCUGCUUAGCUUUGCUUAGCAUUAAGACUGGAAACGUAGAAAAACAGCUAGCUUGGCACUGUCCAGAGGUAACAAAAAUCAUUUGAUAUCUUUUUUGGUGUUAUCUGUACAAAAACACAUUGUUUUUACACCUUGGAUUUUGUACAGAUAAGUGAGUGUCCAAAUAAGAUACAACAUCUUAAUUCAAGAGUUUGAGGAAGUGCUGGUGGGCGGAUUUUGUUAGCUAUGAACAGACACAGGCUCUGUUAAGAAUUUUUAAUUUUUAUGCUAAGCUAAGCAGCUGCUCUCUUUAGCUUCAUAUUUACAGUUCAGACAUAUUGGUAUCAAUCUUCUCGUUUUACUAAUAACAAGUAAGUGAGUAUGUGUAUUUCUCAAAAUAAGUUCUUAACUAUUCCUUCAAAAUGAGUUUAAAUUUCAGGGUUAAGUUGCGCUACCAUAUAGACAGAAUCUAAUAGAUGUAAAGACUAAAGAUUGGUCUAUCAAAAACAGACUCCAGACCAAGCCAUAGACCGAAAAAACUCUUAAUGUUUUCCUCAGCUGCUGACUGCAGCCUUUCAUGGCAAAUUUAGAGCAUCGAUCAUCGCUUUCAGUGCUUUUGCGCCUCAGAUGUUAACCAGGAAAACUAGUAUAGACACUUUAGUAAGCUACUGGUGGGAGGAGGAGAUAGACUUUUUCUUACUACUACUAUCACCACAGUAAACCAUUCCAAAUGUACGCAAGUACCAGCCAAACUCAGUGUGUAGACUAGAAGUCGACCCCGUUCACUGUGUAAAUACCCAACGGGACGACUCGUUCCUCGCGAGUAGCGAGUGGCGUUUCAACACCACGGUUCACAAUACAGACACUCCCGCGCUCUGUGCACAAGCCAGUCUUUUCAACCUAGUGUGUCUUUCUGUCCACUGCUCUGUAGAUACACAUUGACAUGGGCAAAAAGAAAAAAAAACGGAUUAGUGGGGUACACGAUAAGGUUCCCAUCACAAAUUUAUCCAAAAGGCCUCAAGACGCUGAUGUUAUUCGUCAAGUAGCUGCAAAAAUCUACUUUUUGGGGGGGAAAUUUUGUGAGCGUACAUUGUGGUUCUUAUCUGUUGCUUUCCUAUUUUUGAUUUUUUGAUUUUGGCCAUUUCAAAGUCUGGGAAAUAAUGGCGGAAGAAUACCCUGAAAAUGUAAAGGCUUACGGGGACUAUGACUUAUGAGGACCAAAUAGGUGAAGGCUGUGUUUGGCACUGUCAAACGGGGGAAAAAAACGUUGUUUUUAGCAUUUAGUUUUUGGUAUCAACCAAUGAAAAAGGCAGCAUAUUAGAAGCCACACCUGACCUUUUCAGGAUUUUCCUUGAAAAUGCAAGUAAGUGACUGCUAAUUAAGGCAAUUCAAAAAAAUUAAAAAACUUGUGGACCGUAUCUGAACAUUGAUUUUGUAUAUCUCUUCGCCUGUCAUGAUGUUAGCCUUGUCGACGUUUACAUAUCCGAUUGCCUCCGCCGUCAGCAGACUGUUGAGCGAUGAAAUCUUUGUAAUGCUAACAAGAAAGACUGGAAGCAACGUUGGGAGCCAGCUGUACCCCCGUAAGUUACCCGGCUGGCCCGUGUGUAUCUGUACGUGUAUUUUUGUGUAUCCUCAUUGCCUCGAUCGCUCAUCUUAAAUGGAGAAUCCAGAUAUUAGAAUGUGGAGAAAUAAGUAUAAACCAGUGCCUUCUAGAGUCGGACUUGGGAGGGAGUAGAUAGGGGGUUUAUUGGAGGUGGUAGGAGGUCUGCAGGGGUGUGGGGUGGACCAUAAAAAGUGUCCCAAGUCUCAAGGUGAACUGAUGAUAUUGGCAAUAAUCUGGAAUAAAAGCAUAUUCGGGUGGACUCGGACUUGGACUGGGACCAUGGUGGCUGCUUUAGUCACUGUAGUGUUUUCGAGCGGACGUGCCAUACGAAGCCUUAGAAACAAGUCUGACUCCGGAUCCAGAGCUCACCACCCCACCUAUCUCCUGCUCCCUCCCCUCCCCCGAAGCAUCGCCAUAGUAACUCACCUGUAGGUUUUCCGGAUGCUGAUUCCUGCCACAAGAGAGAGAGAGGGAGGGAGAGAGACCACUCCUCUAUGUCGGCAUCCUCGACCCUCUCUCGCUCUCUCACAUACCAAAAUCCAGAGGGGAAUAUCAACAUCUCUGCUGUCCGUUGUUGUUGCUGUAAAAUAAUACAUUUUAUUUAUUCCUCUUUUGUAUGUGGGUCUAUGUUCAUUUGUUUCUGAUUUAGCAUUAGGUCAAUGCUGAUUUUAAAAUUUCAAAAGUUGGUUUUAUCCCACAACUUGUUACUUACUACGUCACACACAAGCGACUGUCCUCAACUUGUGCACACUGUCAAUGUCAACUGCCCCCCCCCCCCCCCCCCCCCACACACACACACACACACACACACUUUUUCCUAUCUGAGUAUGUGAAUAUAUUUACUGUAUCUCCAUGGCAACUAUAACUUCCUGUAAGUUUAUGGUCACAUGUAACAUAACACAGAAUAAAAACA